AAAUCUCUGUGACUUUUUACGUACAAACAUCAAACGUUUUGAAGAACCAAAUCUCCAAGACAGGGAAAGUGCACUCAUUCAAAAUUUCGGAUCUGAUCACUGGUCAAGAAUGAACAGACCAUCAAUCGCAAGAAUAUGUUUAACGGCGCUAUUGGUACUGAACUUUUCGGAAGCUAUCUCAUUAGAAUCCAAGGCAAGCGCACAUGUAAAUGGGAAAACCGUCAUAGAUAAGAAAGUUUUGGAGAAAAUUAUAAAACACAAAACCGCCGAGGCCAUCAAGAAGCUCGAAAAACAAUUCAAACUAACAUACAUGGCGUACACCUCAACAAAUAACAAAGGAAAGAAACUGCAGGUGCAUAAGAAACUUCAAGACUUGGUGGACGCCGUCAAACGGGAAUCAAAAGCUAAUCUAGAAAGGUCCAUUAAAGCCUACAAAUUUGAUGUUAAUCGGCUGUCUGACAAAGACUCUGCACAGCUCUUGUAUUCGUCAUACGAAAGGAACAAAAGGCAGUCGUUAUGGGGUUCGUGUCAGCCUGUUUGUCAGCACCGAUGCUUUCCGACCUGUAACCUGCUCUGUUGCCUGACCACACCCUUCGUUGUACCAAAGAAAACUGUAAAAAUGAUCGAAAAGCAACUUGCUUUGAAAAAAUUGAAGAAGAAGAGCAAGAUCUCCAAGAAACAUCCAAACAAAAAGGGGAAAGUCUGUGAACCAAAAUGCCGGAAAGCUUGCUUGCCAUCUUGCAAGUUUAGUUGUUGUGUGUCCCCGAAAAAACAUUAAAUUUUGUGCAAGAUAUAGCAAGCUAUUUUGAGAGUGUUGUAUGCUCAGUGAAAGUGAUAGCCAGGCAAGAAACUUGGCUGCGUCAAAGCUGUUAGAUAUGACUAUUAGCUUAAAAGUAGUUAUAAAAGUACUCUUUGGUGAGACUUAGAAGAGGGUUUGAGAUCUUGCUUCACCGCUGCGAAAGUUCAUCGAAUGGCAAAAGGAAUAGCGGAAGUUACUUUCUCAGCAUAAAAUGCUGGGAGGAAGAGUUUCCGGUGAUCUCAACCUGGUGCAAGGGCAGGUCUCCUACAGAAACGACAUCUCAUCAGAUAGAGUGGACCUGAAAAUACUUAUGGUCUAAUAAGACAUUUUCGUCUUCCUUACGUUACGGAAAUUUCAUCAUUUCAUUUCAUUAUAAAUAGAUAAAACGUUGUAUUAAGUAAAACUAAUUUUCUGCACAAAAAUAUCGAAAUAAACUGAUUCAA